GUCACCCAUAGCAGUGAACGCUGCCUGCUACGAGGGUGCCGGCUCUGUCGGUCUGCCGCCGCCUCCCAGCCUCAUGAGCUGCACCAGAAUGAUCCAGGUUCUGGACCCACGUCCUCUUACAAGUUCAGUCAUGCCAGUGGAUAUGGCCAUGAGGUUUUGUUUUGCUUAUUCGCCACCUCUGAGGAGUUUCCUGGGCCCUUACAAUGACUUUCAACGAAAAAUUUUUGUGAAUAAAUUGAAGCCUUUGAAACCAUGUCUCAGCCUCAAACAGGAAGCCAAAUCACAGAAAGAAUGGAAACACUCACACAACCAAGCCAAGAAGCGGGUUGUAUUUGCUGACUCCAAGGGCCUCUCUCUUACUGCAGUCCACGUCUUCUCUGACCUUCCAGAAGAACCUGCAUGGGAUCUUCAGUUUGAUCUCUUGGACCUGAAUGAUAUCACCUCUGGUUUAAGACUCCAUGAGGAGAAAAACCUGAUUUUAGAUUUUCCUCAGCCUUCCACUGAUUACUUAAGUUUCCGGAAUCAUUUUCAGAAGAACUUUGUUUGUCUGGAAAAUUGCUCUUUGCAAGAACGAACAGUGAGUGGGACAAUCAAAGUGAAAAAUGUGAUCUUUGAGAAGAGGGUUCAGGUCCGCAUUACAUUUGACUCCUGGAGAAGCUACAGGGAUGUGGACUGUGUCUACAUGAAGAAUGAGUAUGGCAGCUCAGAUAGUGACACCUUCUCCUUUACCAUUGACUUACCCUCCGUCAUCCCAACUGAGGAGAAGACUGAGUUCUGCAUUUCUUACCAAGCGAAUGGGCAAGUCUUCUGGGACAACAACGAGGGUCAGAAUUACCAAAUAGUUCAUGUGCAGUGGAAACCGGAUAGGGUGCAGACGCAGAUGACACGCCAGAAUUGUGCAUUCAACCAGAUGCCUCCUAAGACUGAGUCGGAGUCAAUAGUCUUUGGCAGUCCGAGGCUGGCUAGUGGCCUGUACCCAGAAUGGCAGAGCUGGGGCAGAAUAGAGAAUUUGGCCUCUUAUCGAUGAAUUAAGCAACCUACUGAUUGAUCUUGACCUGUUGUAGUCCCUAUGCAAUUCUAGGUCUGUAUUGCUCAAUAUUAGGAAGCCUUUGCUACUUUCCAUCGAUAGGUUUAGCUUUGAGUCUUUGGGACCUGGCAACAGAAAAAUAUGAGCCAUUUGAGCAUUUUGUUCUAGAUGAUCAAGUAACAGCCUGGGAACUAUUUCUGUUUAAUCCUUUAUUUUUUCUCCCAGUACCCUUCCUGUCUUCCCUCUCAAUUCACUAGCUUUCACAUUGGGCAAGAACAACUUGAGGAAGGACAGUUGAUGGUGAUGGAAAGCUGUGUUAAUGGUAUGAGGAAUGUGUGAAAGGGUUAAGCAAAUAGCUCUGAGACUCAAACCAGAGUAGAAGUGGAGGUCUGAACAUUUAAUUGUUGGUGAAAUGAUGUAAGGUUAUUUUGUGUUUUGAAGUUGGUUUUUCAACUUUUUCUCCUGGAGAAGUAACUCAGAAGAGAGGAAAGAGGUCUGUUCUACGUAUUGUGAAGAAAAGCCAAAUCAACUUUUAGGGUAUUGGAUGGUGUUGGGGGAAGAUGAACUAUAUAAUUUUGGAGACUCAAGACCUUAAGUAAAGCCUUUCUGUUUAACCAUGGUCUAUUU